UUUUUGAAUAUCUACCUGAAAAUAGAAAACUAAAAAAUGAAGAAGACAAGGAACUAGUAGAGAAAUUACUUACCUUAGGCUGCCCCAAACCUCGAAUACAAGAUGAAAUGUUGAAUACAAAAGGGAUACAUUUGACUGCCAAAGAUGUACAAAAUUUCAACCAAAAUUUAAAAGCUAAAGAUGAUGAUGCAUUAAACAGCUUUGUAAAGCUAUUACGAAAUAAAUAUCAUGCUACAGUAGAUGUUUCCUAUGAAGUAAGGGAUUACCUUGGAGUUAGAAAGAAGGUUUUUCAAAGUCUAUUCUUUACUACAGAAAAAAUGAAACAAGACUUUGCCGCGUGGCCUGAAAUGAUUUUUGUCGAUACCACCUACAAUUUAUUCAAACGUAAGCUCCCUUUACUUUUGCUGUGUGUUCGUGAUACAAUGGGACUCGCUCAUAUUAUUGGUGUUGGUCUGCUGGCCAAUGAACAAAAAGAGACUUUAAGAAGUUUGUUCGAAAAUUUAAAAAAAUGAAUGGUGACAUAUGCAAAAAAAUCGAGUGCUUUAUGACAGAUAAAGAUUUAGUUGAAAGAGCAGUCAUAAAAGAAGUAUUUCCAGGUACCUUUUUGUACAUGUGUGAAUUCCAUGUACUCAAAAUAUAUGCAAGAACAAUUACUACCGGCUCUAUGAAAAUAACGCCUAAAGCUAGAGGCAUAGCACUUGACUUGUUACAUAAGUUGACAAAAAGUACUUCAAGAGAGCAGUAUGAUCACUUUUAUAAGACUUUUUGUAAGACAGUUUCAGAUGCAGUACGUAUUUAUAAUAAUAGUAACUGGCACAACAUUACUGAGUCAUGGACAAGAUACUUACUUAGUAAAAAUAACUAUGGAAAUUAUAUAAAUAAUCCAGUGGAAUGAACGAAUGCUCGCCUAAAAGAUGAGAUUCCUUCACAUAGUACUCUAGUAAAAUUUGGAGAAUGUUUCUUCAGGUACUAUAAUCGCAGGAAUUCAGUAAUAAAAAUGCGACUGGGUGAAGAUAUUUACAAACAUCCCAUCCGGGGAUAUCCGCAAGGUUCUCCAGAAUAUCUGUACCAACAACUUCUCACUCCAGCUGGUUUUCAAAAACUUAUUGUCGAAUUCUCCAGACGUAAACCUAUGUCAUUUAUAGAAAUCAAUAACACUUUUCAAGUGCGUUGGAUACGAUACGGGUAUGCUAUUCUGAGAGUUAGUUCAGAAGUAUGUGAAUGUAAUGAAUUAAGCUACCCUGCAGACAUAUGUUUGCUGUACGAGAACAUUUUAGACUCCCUCUUUUUAAGAAUAGCCAUUGUCCAGAAAGAUGGACCAUGCAGUAUAACAUUAACAAUCAAGCAGUACUCCAAUCAACGCAAAAGAUACAACGUUACUCAUACCUUCUUAUACCACCCAUGAAACACCAUCGAAAAAACCAAUGGAAUUUUCUACUAGAUUAAAGCUUAUGAAAGAAGUAGCUGGUAGUUUAGCAAGUAUUGGAAGUACUGCUACUUCGAAACGCUUUGAAGAAAGAUUAGAUAUCCUAAGGAAAAUAGAAUCAGCAUGGAGAAAAAUAUAUCUGUUAAAGUCAUUGCAGAUGAUUAUGACGAUUUAACCAAUUUUUCUCACUUAUCUAUUGAUGAUCAACAUGAAUUGAACAUUGGAAAUACUGAAAAUAAAACAGACGGUUCUAAUACUAGUAUUAUUCUACCAAUACCAUUAAAGAUAAGUGGAAGGCCAUCAAAUAUUCCAAGAAGUAACACAAAUGGCAGUCGAAAAAAUGAAGAAAAAAAAGAAAUAAUAAUUCAUAAAGACUUUGACUUGUCUUGGCACCGGAUGUUGACUUGACUGACAUGUGCACAAAGUGCACCAUGCAAUUUAAGUCAAUCUGCAUGAUUGGCAAUUGUCUGAGCUAUCAUAGCUCAUUUAUAUUCUUUCCUAGGAUAGAAAGUUUUAAGUAUUUAUAGUCUGAUUCAUUUAGAGCUGUGUGUACUAAAAAGCGAACUUUCAAUUUA